AUGGAAGAUGAAAUAGGAAACUGGAGUGCUGAAGAGCGUCGUCAAAAUAAGCUCAUCGCUGUCCUCGGUGCACAGCGUGAAAUGAAAGCAAGGGAAGCCACACGCGCCCAAGCAGCCGAGAAAGACACGCGUGAACAAGUCAAGGUCAAGGAGUUGGUAAUACUAGACUUAUCAAAAAAAAGCAACGAGGUGAAUAAUCGCCUGAAGGAAUUUUCCGCGCUGUACGAUGUUGUAAAAAAUGAGCGGAACAAGUACGUUAAUUUGAUCCAGUCAUCUUCGCAAGCUCUCGCAGAGAUGAAGGAAAAAAUAAAAAUUUUGAUGAAUGAAGUAGAGAUCCUUCGGAAUGAAUCACUUGCCAAAGACAAGGCUCUAGCGAAAGAACGGUCGCAGCAUUUGGCAUCUCAAGCGCAGCGAGAUGGCCUUCGGCUGGAUCUAUAUAAAUCUCAAUCUGAAUACCGCAGGAAACAAGAAGUUGUCGAGCAACAAAUUGUCGAGAUUGACAAACUAAAUUCGAUCAUAAAUGGCCUCGAAAGGGACAUGUUGCGGCUCAAGGCUCGAUACGUCAGGGCUGUAGAGACUAGAAACUCCACUGGUGUUUCCCUAAUUGAUCGAAACGACGAGCUUUGUAUAUUAUACGAGAAGGUGAAUCUCCAAGAGCAGACUAUUAAAUGCGGCGAGCUCGGGGUUCGUCAGAAAGAUGAAGACAUCCGAAUGCUGAAGCUUCAGCUUUGCGAGCUGCAGCGCCAAGUCAUAGUUUCAAGGAAGCAACUACCGCAGAUGCCGGCGUUGGCAGAUGCAGUUGUAAAGCUCAAGGGCGAACUUAGCCGUGAGCGCCAGAUGACAGACUCACUGUGCAAGGACCUCGAGUCUCCUUCCAAUGAUGGUCGUUGGCGUUCGCUUCCGGGCGAUGAUCCAGAUAGGGAACAGCUCCUUGCAAAAACAGCUGUAUUAGAGGAGCGCCUAAACCUCAAGAAAGAAGCCUUGCUCGAAAAUGAAUUGGUUCUUGAGGAAAUUUCAAAUCUUACUGCUAAAUUGAGGAACCGGGCAAAUGAUGGUCGUGAGACCACGUUAAACCUUGCAAGAAAGGUCAACGAUUUCCAGGCCAAGAUUCGUGACACAACUAGGCGUAUGAUGGCCACGGUGUCUGAACUAUCAGUUUACCAGGCGACAGCCAUGAAAUUGCAACAACAGAAGCGCACUGCCACUAGGAGGCUCGAAGAGUCGAAAUGGCGUAUUGCAAGGGACGAACCGCCCAUAGAAGACCUCCAUGCAGAGUUGCAUCGUCGAGAGCGUGAGAGACAUAACACGCGUGAGUCGACCAUAACCAAGGGUCUAGAACGUGAAUCUCGCUUUACUUCUGGCGUCGUACGAACCACAGCAGAGCCACGGCCAAACGCGUACAUCCCUGAUGUAGCCCAUGGUCUUGGUAUACCGAAGCCAUACAGUUCCUUGGCUCCAUUUAAGCCGGCAGAGGCCGGCAGCACAAUGCGGCAUUAUAGGCCUCCAAAACCGCCUGUCAUCAUCAUUUGA